GGCAGCGCUCUGCUGGCUGCUGGUCCUCUUCUCCUGGUACUAUGCUCCGCCCGCCGCGCCUCUAGGAGUCAUGGUCGACCCGCUCAAGGUGUUCUGGGUCCUCACCAACAGCACUUAUUUCGUGACCAAGUUCAUCCGCAUCGGCAUCGCCGACAAGAACGACAACCCUCCCUACUUCGACAAGGCGCUCUACGAGGCGGAGGUCGACGAGAAUGAGGACAUCCAGCACACCGUGCUCACCGUCACGGCCAAAGAUCACGACGAGUCGUCGCGUAUUCGAUACGAGAUCACAAGCGGUAACAUAGGCGGCGCCUUCGCGGUCAAGAACAUGACCGGCGCAAUCUACGUGGCCGGCGCCCUGGACUACGAGACGCGCAAGCGGUACGAGCUGCGCCUCACGGCCUCCGACAACCUCCGCGAGAACUACACCACGGUGGUGAUCCACGUCAAGGACGUCAACGACAACCCGCCCGUGUUCGAGCGCCCGACGUACCAGAGCCAGAUCACGGAGGAGGACGACCGCGCGCUGCCCAAGCAGAUCCUCAAGGUGACGGCCACGGACGGCGACCAGGACCGGCCGCAGAACAUCGUGUACUUCUUGACGGGCCAGGGCAUCGAUCCGGACAACCCGGCCAACUCCAAGUUCGACAUCAACAAGACCACCGGCGACAUCUACGUCCUCAAGCCUCUUGACCGCGACCAGCCCAACGGCCGCGCGCAGUGGCGCUUCACGGUGUUCGCCCAGGACGAGGGCGGCGAGGGCCUGGUGGGCUACACCGACGUGCAGGUCAACCUCAAGGACAUCAACGACAACAACCCGGCCUUCCCGCAGGGCGUGUACUUCGGCAACGUCACGGAGAACGGCACCGCAGGCAUGGUGGUGAUGACCAUGACGGCCGUGGACUACGACGACCCCCAGGAGGGCACCAACGCCAAGCUCACCUACUCCAUCGAGAAGAACGUGAUCGAGGAGGAGACCGGGUCGCCCAUCUUCGACAUCGAGCCCGACACCGGCGUCAUCAAGACGGCCGUGUGCUGCCUGGACCGGGAGCGGACGCCCGAGUACUCGAUACAAGUGGUGGCUAUAGACGGCGGGGGGUUAAAGGGCACGGGGACGGCGUCCAUACGCGUCAAGGACAUCAACGACAUGCCGCCCAAGUUCACCAAGGACGAGUGGUGCACCGAGGUGGACGAGACGGACGGCACCACGCUGCCCGACAUGCCCAUCCUGACGGUGACGGUGCACGACGAGGACGAGACCAACAAGUUCCAGUACAAGGUGAUCGAGAACUCCGGCCUGGGCGCCGACAAGUUCACCAUGGUGCGCAACAACGACGGCACUGGCUCGCUCAAGAUCGUCCAGCCGCUGGACUACGAGGACCCUCUGCAGAGCAACGGGUUCCGCUUCAAGAUCCAGGUCAACGACAAAGGGGAGGACAACGACAACGACAAGUACCACGUGGCCUAUUGCUGGGUGGUUGUGAGGCUGCGAGACAUCAAUGACAACAAGCCCCAGUUCGACCGGCCCAACAUUGAGGUCCGAGUCUUUGAGAAUGCCGAAAUCGGAAAAAGCUUGGAAAGCUUCAAGGCCACUGAUCCAGAUCAAGGCGGAAAGAGCCACGUGACGUAUGCCAUUGACCGGUCCUCAGACCGCAGGCGACAAUUCUCCAUUAGUCCGGAGGGCCAAGUUAACAUCCAGAGAUCUCUUGACAGAGAGGAAACUCCUCGGCACCAGGUCAAGAUUCUGGCCAUUGACGAUGGUGUACCCCCUAAGACGGCUACAGCCACUCUCACUGUCAUUGUCGAAGACAUUAACGACAAUGCCCCAACAUUCCUCAAGGACUACAGGCCUGUUCUGCCAGAACACACAUCAGCUCGCACUGUUGUUGAAGUUCUUGCCACUGAUGACGAUGAUCGCUCCAAGAGCAAUGGGCCUCCAUUUAUUUUCCGCAUGGAUCCUGCAGCAGAUGAUGUUAUUAGGGCGUCUUUCAAAGUGGAACAUGAUCAAAAGGGUGCCAAUGGAGAUGGUAUGGCAGUUGUGUCAUCCCUCCGUUCAUUUGAUCGUGAACAGCAGAAAGAAUACCUCAUCCCCAUUGUGAUCAAGGAUUCUGGUAACCCUGCCAUGUCUGGAACAAGCACCUUGACGGUCAUUAUCGGUGAUGUAAAUGACAACAAGAUGCAAUCUGGUUCAAAGGAGAUAUUCGUUUACAACUACAUGGGUCAAGCUCCAGACACUGAGAUUGGUAGAGUUUAUGUCUAUGAUCUUGACGACUGGGAUCUACCUGAUAAGAUGUUCUAUUGGGAAUCAAUUGAACAUCCAAAUUUCAAGCUCAAUGAACACACUGGCAUGAUAACUAUGAAGCAUGGCACUCGAGACGGAAAAUAUCAUCUAAGGUUCAAAGUAUUUGAUAGAAAACACACCCAGACAGAUGUGCCUGCCAAUGUCACAGUUACUGUUAGGGAAAUUCCCCAUGAAGCUGUGAUCAACUCGGGAUCAAUUAGAAUAUCUGGUAUAUCAGAUGAAGAUUUCAUACGCGUCUGGGAUUACAGAACUCAAGGUGUUAUGAGAAGCAAGGCCGAUAAAUUCAGAGAAAAGCUAGCUGAUUUACUUCACAUCGACCGGGAGAAUGUAGAUGUGUUCAGUGUUCAACUAAGACGCAGGAAUCCCCCUCUCACUGACAUCCGCUUUGCGGCCCAUGGAUCACCGUACUACAAACCAGUCAGACUGAAUGGUUUAGUCCUAAUGAAGAGAGAAGAGAUUGAGAAAGAAGUUGGAAUUAAUAUCACAAUGGUUGGCAUUGAUGAAUGUCUCUAUGAGAACCAAAAUUGUGAAGGUUCCUGCACCAAUCAAAUGGAAAUCAGUAACCUUCCAUACAUGGUCAAUGCAAACAAAACAGCAUUGGUUGGUGUUCGAGUGGACAUCAUUCCUGAGUGUACAUGUGGGGCUCGCAACUUUAGUAAAGAAGAAUCUUGCAGAAAUAGUCCGUGCCACAAUGGAGGCCGAUGUCAAGAAGGAAGGAAUGGUGUGACAUGCUCAUGUCCAAGUGGAUACAGUGGUCCUCGCUGCCAACAAACUGCCAGGAGUUUCCGUGGAAAUGGAUGGGCCUGGUACCCACCUCUAGAGCUCUGUGACUCUUCACAUCUUAGUCUUGAAUUUGCCACCCGUGUUGGAGAUGGUACACUUCUUUACAAUGGUCCCAUAGUACCCCCAGAACCUGAGGAAGUACUAAUUUCAGAUUUUAUCUCACUUGAGUUGGACAAAGGACACCCAAGGCUUCUCAUCGACUUUGGCUCCGGCACCUUGGAGCUUAAAGUAAAACCAAAACACACUUUAGAUGAUGGAGAAUGGCAUCGUAUUGACAUUUUCUGGGACACAGAGACUGUCAGAUUAGUUGUGGACUUCUGCAAGGGAGCGGAUAUUGAUGAAUCAGAGAAUGGAUCCCCGCCAAUGUUUGAUGAUUCCUCAUGUCACGCCAGUGGAACUAUCCCUGCAUUCAAUGAGUACCUGAAUGUUAAUGCACCUCUUCAAAUAGGUGGAUUUUAUGUGGAUGAAUUUGAACCGUCAGCAUAUCAUUGGCAGUACAAGCCCUUUGGUAAAAGCUUUGAUGGUUGCAUUAGGAAUAUUUUCCACAAUAGCAAGCUGUACGAUCUAGCCCAUCCUGGUCUUUCCAGAAAUACAGUUGCUGGUUGCCCUCAGACUGAGGAACUCUGCGCCCAAUCUGAUCUCACAUUCCGUUGUUGGGAACACGGCACUUGCACUGGCAGUAUGACUGAGGCCCGCUGCCAAUGCCUGCCUGGCUGGACUGGUCCAUCUUGCUCUGUCCCCACAGUCCCCACCACAUUCAAACCGCAGAGUUAUGUCAAAUACGCGCUCUCCUUUGACCCUGACAAGUAUUCCACUUCCAUCCAACUGCGCUUCCGCACAAGGGAGCAAAACGGUGAGCUGUUCCGUGUCAGCGAUCAGCACAACCGUGAAUAUGGAAUCCUUGAGAUCAAAGACCGGAAACUCCACUUCAAGUUCAACCUGAAUAGCAUUCGUACAGAGGAAAAAGAUUUGUGGCUUGCCGCAAUGUAUGUGGAUGAUGGCCAAUGGCACACCAUUCGUGUCCAUCGCUACGGCUCAGCAGCAUUCCUGGAGCUGGAUGGUGGUGAAGGGCGGCGGUACAAUGAGACCUUCACUUUCAGUGGUCACCAGUGGCUCAUUGUGGACAAGCAAGAGGGUGUUUAUGCCGGUGGAAAGGCCGAGUACACUGGUGUGCGAACAUUUGAGGUUUACUCAGACUUCCAGAAGGGUUGCCUUGAUGACAUUCGGCUGGAAGGCAAGCAUCUGCCUCUGCCACCUGGAAUGAAUGGGACUCAGUGGGGACAGGCCACUAUGGCACGAAACCUGGAGCGCAAUUGCCCAUCCAACAACCCAUGUGCCAAUGUAAUCUGCCCCGAUCCGUUCGAGUGUGUGGACCUGUGGAACGAGUAUGAAUGCACCUGUGGAGUGGGUCGCAUCAUGUCGCCUGAUGGAAAGGGUUGCAUGGACAAAGACGAAUGUCUUGACAAGCCAUGUGAAAAUGGAGGACAUUGCUUCAACGAAGACCCUCGCACUCGAUAUCGGUGUGAAUGCCCUGAUGGAUUCUGGGGCGAGAACUGCGAACUUGUACAGGAAGGCCAGACUCUGAAAUUGAGCAUGGGUGCCCUGGCAGCAAUACUUGUCUGCCUUCUCGUCAUCCUCAUAUUAGUUUUGGUGUUUGUGGUCUACAACCGACGACGUGAAGCUCACAUUAAGUAUCCUGGUCCGGAUGACGACGUUAGGGAGAACAUUAUUAACUACGAUGAUGAGGGAGGAGGCGAGGAUGACAUGACUGCCUUUGACAUUACGCCUCUUCAAAUUCCCAUCGGUGGACCAUUACCAAUGACUGCUAAAAUGCCAUAUCCUCAUCUUGGUCAAGAUCCCAAUGUUGGCGUUUUCAUUGAAGAGCACAAAAAGAGAGCCGACAGUGAUCCGAACGCACCACCAUUCGAUGAUCUUCGUAAUUAUGCAUACGAAGGUGGCGGCAGUACAGCUGGUUCCCUCUCUUCAUUAGCUUCAGGCACGGAUGAUGAACAGCAAGAAUUUGAUUAUCUAGGAGCUUGGGGGCCACGAUUUGACAAAUUAGCUGACAUGUACGGACAGGAGGGUGAAAGUGAAGAAGAAGAAGAGGAUGAUGUUUGAAAGGAGAACUUUCAAUCAUUGUGCAGACAUCUCUUCCGUGUGGUUGGGAGCAAACUUUCAUUUUGCCUGUACCGUCCUCCCCUCUAGUCUCAUCAGCUCUUGUCACUUUGCAGUUCUGUUUUUCUGAGCCUCAGGUUUCCGAAGUGCCUGUAUGGACUUGUAGAAGUUAAUUGAAGACUGUAACAUUGCGACUACUCUAAUCACAAGUUAAUUACUUAAUUUUAAUGGAAGAGACAUGCUAAUUCAUUCUCAACGUAAGAAUCCUAUUUGUUUGCCUACUUCAAGACAACAGCUGUCAUUUCUCAUAAUUUAAGUGAGUGUAAUUUUACUUCUAAACAAAGAAUCUAGAUCAUUUGUAAAGGAAUAUGUGCUGCAUGUUUGUCGUACCUAAUAAUAAUGUACAUAAUAGGUGUAGUGAGCUGUAUUAAAAUUGUUUCAAGAUACUCAACUGAAUCAGUACUAAGUAGAUUUGUUAUGUAAAUAGGAUGCCAUGUUGGUGCGGAGUAUUUAAGAAUGUUUUUUGCACAUAGCGAUAAGAAGUUGAAAAUAGCACUGACUGAAUGACGUGUUGAGGUGACUCCUAAAGCAAGUUUUCUACCCUGAACUGGUAUGCCAGGUUCAUUGUGGGAAUGUGCAUCAUUAUUCCCAUUCUUGGUGCAGUUUGAAUGGAAAAUUUCAUGGGAGUGAGUGAAGUAAUAUUUAGUUUUUGCACUUCUCCAUCGGAUUUGAAAUGUGUUGUUCCAAAGAUAUUGAAUGGUUAUACUGUACUUUAGUGAAGUUAAAUCAAAUGUUAAGUGGUGUAAGUUUUUCCUUUUUCUAUUUAUUUAUGUUGAAUUCAAUCUUAUUGGAGAAGUGCCAACUUCUGUGGAAGCUCAGAUAUUCCUCUCAUCAAAACUGUAUAUUUAUGUGUGCAAAUGUUUGUGGCCCAGAUAGUAGUGCUUGUUUUUUCUAGUUUAAGUUUAAACAAUACCAAAGUCUCAUAAACUCACAAGUCUUUUGUACUAUGAUUUCAAUCAUUUCUAUGUGUUAAGGACAAAGUAAUAUAUGCCGUGUUUUUAUUUAUUGUUUAGAUUAAGGUGGCUUCUGUUGAUAGCCUUGCCAUAUUGGUAAUUUAAGUCAUGCUGGCUCGGCCUCUAUAGCAUUCCUUUGAACACUUUUCAACUAUUGUUGGAAAGGAUCAAUGUUUCCAUGCUGAUCACUCAUACUUUGCCAAAACUAUUAGAUACAAGUAUUUUUAUUAGUUAAGAAGCAUUGUGUCAAUUCUUUAUUUUUGUAAUUUGUGUUUGUUUGUUACAUCAGGAUGGCACUGGUUCACAUUACUUGAUGACAUGUUUGUCAUGACACGCCAUGGCAUUGUGGAACAGUUGCAAAAGCGUUUAUUGAAGUCAGAAAUGGUUAGUUUGUCAUUUGAACUAUUGUCCUUGGUGUCACAUGCACAAAUUCUUAUUCGUACACUUGCAUUUGACCAGUUCCCUUAUGAGCAAGUAGCUUUUUCUCAUUUAUGUCUGAUCUAUGGUCAUAAAAUUUCUUCUAGGUGUGUGGAAUACAGCAAUCAGUUUUCAAACAGAGGAUGAAAAUCAGUAUUAAAAAUUCCCAAAUGUAUCAUAAGAAUAAUUUAAAUAAUUGGGCCAUUUAAAAUCAUCUUCUUACGUGUUUUACAUAAUUUUUUUAUUCGUCUUACAAUUGAAUCUUCCAAAGUACUUUGGUGGCUCAUUUUGAUUUCAAUCAUCAUGGGCAUCUGAGGUUGUUUUCAUCAAUGCUCAAAGCUGUUUAAAAUUAAGUCUUAAAUCCUUUCUUAUAAUAAAUUGAAAUACUCCUGCCCCUCUGCCUUUAGGUAGGAACUUUCUUGCUGAAUCAAGCCAUAGUGAGAUUUCGGCCUACUCUGAAUUUUACACUUAAAUCAAACUGAGUGUGAGCUGCGGCUAAAUGUUCCAUGACUGCUAUGAUUGCUCCCCAAUUUUUUUAUAAUGGACACAAUGUAUCUCUCCUGAAUGGUGGUCUGAUUAUUGUUGCUUUAUGUUCCUAUAUGUAUAAUUUUUAGCAAGAAUUAUGUAUCCCUUACUUAACAUAUUGUGAUUUGCAAGUUUUUAUGUUGUUACUGUAUCUUAUUACUCCGGAGUCCUUUGAGUUUUGUAUACAGCACCAUCAUUUACUGAGAGUUUGACGCGCAGACAUUAGGUGGUGCGAGAUGAUAGCUAAAUCACUGCCCAUAUUGCCUGUUUUCGAGUCAGACUUGCUCGCCCCUCACUGCCCUGCACCUGUCUAUGACUGUCCCAAUUAUGUCCCCCUAAGUUUAUAUAUGUGUUUCUUAUACUCAUUGUAUUAUUCAUGCCUCAAUGAAUCAUCAUGUUAUUAUUUUUAAGUCUGGAUGUUUUUGUGAAUCACAGUUAUGGAACCUAAAACUUUGUUGUGUUGGAAGUUACUUAAACCCAAAGUUAUUGCCAUUAACUACAAAUUUUUAUGUGACCAUUGUAAUACUGUUUUGUCUGCCAUAGUAAUUGGUGAUGGUCAGAUUUUGUACAGCAAGUCAGUGUACCUUUAGUUGACUCAUCUGACAUGUGUGUCUAGUAAAUAUCAUAAGUUAUCAUUAGGUACCUCAAAGCUUAAGGUGGGGAAGGGGUGGGUAUUUGAAAAAACAUGUGGAAGUAGCAGUUUCAAGAAGUCACUUGCGUAGAUUCCAAUGAGGAAGUUCCAUUAUAAUUUAGUUUUUAAUACUUGCCUUCCUUGUAAAAUUGACUUUGACAUCCUUUUUGUUUUGGAAUAUUUUUGUCAGUCAUGUGUUUAUGCCUAUCAAAUUUUAGAUCUGACUUUUACUGCUAUUUCGUUCUUCCCCUUUAUCUUUUCUUAUUUUAUCAAUAUGAACAAUUGUCAUCAGUAACCAUUUCUGUGUUGGACUGACCUGAGAACAUUUUAAAAAUCAUGAUAAUUUAUACCUCAGCAUGGGUUUUGAAAAUUAUUAUUUUGUUUGUUUUUUAUCUGAUUUUACCUUUCAUAUGUGUCUCAAUAUUUAUGUUGUUUUUAUUUUCAUCUGUGAUUCAAGUAGCUGUAUAAGUUCGAACUUAAUAAACAUGAUACAAUGUUGA